AUUCCUUUGCGCUGAGAUGCGAAGUUCCAUGAGCGCACGACUUUUGGGUGAAAAUGUAACAAUUUAACAGUUGUCGAUUUGUUAUCCGCACCUAGGAAGUGAAACAAAGUAACCGUUUGCACCUUGAUCAACUAGUUUGUAGAUGUGUCACUGAACGAAGCGCUCGCUAUUCUGCUCGUGCCGAUACCCGUAGGUAGGUCAGCCAGUCAGCGGGUGUCCAGAUGUCGCGUCGCGUUGGCAAUGUCGGGGCUCCCUGACUACACUGUUCACGACUUAAGUUAGUGAUCGCAGUAUGAUGUGGAAGAAGCCACUUGGAAGUCACAGCUACUGUGAGACAGCUAGCGGGUCGAACAUGUUGUGGUUGUGCGUGUGGGUUGUGGGUCUUGCAGCCUUGCAGACGGCUCCCGGAGCGCUGGCUGGCGCGGCGCCCUGCCCGACCAGGAGCCUGGUGUGGGGACCUGGGCUGGAGCCGAAGGUCAUCCUGCCAGCUCGAUAUUUCUUCAUCCAAGCUGCCGACAGCGAAGGGAGAAAUCUGACCAGUUCUCCAGGAGAGAAGACAUUUGAGGUGAAGAUCUGGUCUCCUACAGAGCCGUUCUCCAGGGUCUGGGUGCAGGUUCUGGACCGUAGCGACGGUUCCUUCGUGGUGCGGUACCGCAUGUAUGCCAGCUACACAGACCUGCACAUCCAAGUGCUCAUGCAGGACCAGAACGUCGCACAGUCACCAUACGUUCUCAAAGGUGCUGUGUGCCAUGAGGGCUGUGACUGCCCUGAGCCGGAUGGCGAGGUGUGGGCGGAGAAUAUGCAUUGCCCCGCCUCCUAUCGCCAGAUUGACAGCGACCUGUUGGCCUUCCCCGAGGUGCACCUGCAGAGUCUGGCCCAGGAGAUACCAGAACGCUACGGGCAGAGGCAGAGCCUAUGUCAUUACACCAUCAUAGACAACAAGGUCUACAUUAAGACUCAUGGAGAGCAUGUGGGCUUCAGGAUUUUCAUGGAUGCCAUCCUCCUCUCCCUCACACGCAAGGUGAGGCUCCCAGACAUGGAGUUCUUUGUGAACCUCGGUGAUUGGCCGUUGGAGAAGAGUAGGCAGGGUCAGGACAGUAAGCCCCUCCCCAUCUUCUCCUGGUGUGGCUCCAACGACACACAUGACAUCGUCAUGCCAACCUAUGACCUCACAGAGUCUGUCCUGGAAACCAUGGGCAGGGUGAGCUUGGACAUGUUGUCUGUGCAGGGUAACAGUGGUCCGGUCUGGGCCAAUAAGAACAGCAGUGCUAUCUGGAGGGGGCGGGACAGCCGGAGAGAGAGGUUACGGUUGGUGGAGAUGUCCAGAGCGCACCCCGACAUGCUGGACGCAGCUCUCACUCACUUCUUCUUCUUCAAGCACGACCCAGACCUGUACGGCCCCCUCGUCAAACACAUGUCAUUCUUCAACUUCUUUAAGUAUAAAUACCAGAUCAACAUCGACGGGACAGUAGCAGCGUAUCGUCUGCCCUACCUGUUAGCGGGGGGUAGUGUGGUGCUGAAGCAGGACUCUCCAUACUACGAGCACUUCUACAGCCUCCUGUCACCAUGGCAACACUACAUCCCCUUCAAGGCCGACCUCAGCGACCUGCUCGACCAGAUACGCUGGGCACGUAACCAUGACGACCAGGCUAAGGAGAUAGCUUUGGCUGGUCAAGAGUUUGCACGUACGCACCUAAUGGGGGACCACGUUUUCUGUUACUAUUUCAGACUUUUCCAGGAGUAUGCUAAGCGUCAGGUGACCAAGCCAGAGGUGAGGGAGGGGAUGGAGCUGGUGGAACAGCCCAAAGACGACCUCUUCCCCUGCUACUGUCCACACACACAGGCUAAGGAUGAACUGUGAGGUCUCUGAUUGGCCUGGUUGGUCGCUAGCCUCCAGUUGCUCCUGAAGUCCUUAUCUACACACACACACACACACACACACACACACACACACACACACACACACACACACACACACACACACACACACACACACACACACACACAUACAUACAUACACACACAUUGCAAGUCUUGGGCCUCCAGCUGAUGCCUGUUUCUACGUGCACAUUCCCCUCUUGUCCUUUAGCACAACUACAAUCUACUGAAUGUUCUUUUUAAAAUCUAAUAUUUUUAAUAAAUAUUUUUA